UGCAGAAGAUGCUUCAGAUUUUAUUUCUUCUUCAUUGAUAGAGCAGCACAAGAUGCUUCGGGAUGGAAUACUGUGGUGCUUGGGCGGAGGUGCUCUUUUCCUUCUUGGCUUUCACAUUGACAGCAAAAUUGUUGGAUUCUGAGCAUGUGCCCUUGGUGGUUGGAAUUUCAGGGAUAGUUUACUCUGAAACCCCCAUAAACUGUGAGUUUGGUGGUUUACGAGGUGUAAUUGUGGAGCAAUGGGCAGAACAAAAGUUUUUGAAACGCAACGUGGAUGGUGAUUGGAGAUCGGGUUCUGAUUUGAUGCUUUCAACGUGUAAAGAAGUCCCCUGGUAUUUGGAUGAUGGGACUGGACGUGUGAAUGUGGUGGGAGCUCAAGGUGCCUCAGGCUUUAACCUUCCGGCUUCACAUGGGGUAUUUGAACAGUCAAGGAGAUGCCUCAAAUGUGAGACAACAGAUUACCGCCCAGGCCUCAAGGUACUUGGAGUCAAACGAACCGAGUGGGUGCUUCCAGUUGGUACUUCUUUGAGUGUUGUUGGCGAGGCUGUCAAAGAUGCCGUUGGUACCAUUCGAAUUCCAAAACCCCACGAUGGGCCAUUUUAUGUCUCUCCCAAAUCCAUUGAUGAGCUCAUUGCAAGCCGUAGGAACUGCGGAAGGUUUCUCAAAUAUGCAUCUUUUGGUUUGGCUUUCAUCGGUCUUACUUUGAUUGCCUUGGAAUUUAAUGAAAACAUCACGGGAAGACAGCGCCGCUUUGAAUUGCAGAGAAGCCUGACCAGGGCAGUUUCUGCAGUUUCUGUAAGACCUGGGAAAGAUAAUGAAGGUUCAGGCGAAGGGGCUGUUGAUGCAAAUGGUACCAAUUCAUGUGUGAUAUGCCUUGAGCAGGAGUUUUGUUUUGUUUUUGUCCCGUGUGGUCAUAUGUGCUGUUGUACAAGUUGCUGCUUGAACCUGAGGAAGUGUCCCCUUUGCCGGCAACAAAUUGUGCAGGUGGUGAGGACUUUCCGCCCUUAAGAUUCUGCUUCAAAUUUGAGGUUCUCUGCUCUAGUGGAUGAAGAAUUCUCGAUGAUUGGAUCAUCUUUUUUCUUUCUUUCUAAAGAACCUGAAGGCUUAGUGUUCCUUGUAGUGGCAACUUCACUACACGGUGCUUUUCUGGAUUCACUAUUGAGAUUUAUAAAUGCUUAACGGCUAGAAAUCCAUCUUUGCCCACCAUUCCUAUCUAUCCCCAACCCCAAUCCACGUGAGUGAUGGGUAGGAUCUUAGCAAACGCCCAAACCGAAAGCUCUGUCACUCUCUCUCGUGUCCCUUCACUUCCCUUCGCCCUUGCCUUGCCAACACUUCUCGUAUCUAAUUCCUCUCCCUAAUUUCCCAUCCCAACUUUUCCUUUUUAAGUUUCCCAGGAAACAAACAGAAAGAUUGGAGAACCCUUUCUUCGCGGUUUCCUAUUUUCCUAGAAUUUCACUUUUCGUUUUCCCCUCUCAAUCCCGAAAUCCCCAAUUCCGAAGUCCUUCUCGAUUUUUCUUCUUCAGCCAU